GGCCCAUUAUAUACUGUAUUAGAUUAGAAAGUAACAUACGGUAAUCGAUUUUCGAAGGUCACGCAGCGUAAUGAUGAUAAGCGAUUUAUUUUAUUCUGGCGAAACAUAUGGAGCGCAGUUGUUAAAUCUUUUUGUGAAUUAAUCUCGCUCUUUUCUACGUAGUGACGUAUUGCGACUCUGGUUCAUCUUCGAUUUUGGAUUUACGCGGAAGGUUAGCGUUGUCGCCCUUGAUCUUGAUAGAGCAGUCUGCGUAUUCAGAUAUUUCCGUACUUUUUGUCUCUUGUCAUUAUUAGACAACUGCCGCUAGCAAGUUAAACCACUUUAUGCUGCAGCAUGGCUUCAACGAAUCAACAAGUUAUUCCUAAUGGAUUCAAGUUCUUAUUCGGUGGUACAUCAGGAAUGGCUGCAACUUUGUUUGUUCAACCUUUGGAUCUUGUGAAGAAUCGCAUGCAACUGAGUGGUGAGGGUGGAGGUCAAAGAAUGUAUAAGAACAGCUUCCAAGCAAUCUCUACAAUAUUAAGAAGUGAAGGUGUGGUUGGAAUAUACACUGGGUUAUCUGCUGGCUUGUUGAGACAAGCUACAUAUACUACAACAAGGUUGGGUGUUUAUACAAUGCUGAUGGAUAAAGUUUCGAAGAAAGAUGGAACUCCGCCUAACUUUUUUACCAAAGCAGCACUAGGAAUGACAGCUGGGGCAAUUGGAGCGUUUGUUGGCACACCUGCUGAGAUAUCAUUGAUCAGAAUGACUUCGGAUGGAAGGUUACCGAUUAAUGAACAGAGGGGAUACACUAGUGUUUUUAAUGCAUUAUCCAGAAUUAUAAGAGAAGAAGGCCUUUUUACUUUGUGGAGGGGAUGUGGACCGACUGUAUCAAGAGCUAUUGUUGUCAAUGCUGCACAAUUAGCUUCAUAUUCUCAAGCAAAACAGGUUCUUCUAGGUUCUGGUCAUUUCCGAGAUAAUAUUUUGUGUCAUUUUGUUGCAAGUAUGAUCAGUGGUCUUGUUACAACAAUCGCAUCAAUGCCUGUCGAUAUUGCCAAAACAAGAAUACAAAGUAUGAAGACCAUAGAUGGAAAACCUGAAUAUACUGGUGCCAUUAAUGUUCUCACAAGGACUGUACGAUCAGAAGGAAUUUUCAGUUUAUGGAAGGGUUUUACACCCUAUUAUUUUCGACUUGGCCCACACACUGUGCUUACAUUUAUAUUUUUAGAACAAUUGAACAAGCUUUAUAGAAAAUUUGCCUGAUUUACCUGGGUUUUAUCACGGUUUUUAAUUCUAUAAAUAACCACUUUAAUCAUGGUGCAUGAGAACAAAAAAUUAUGAACAUCCCAUCCAUUUUAUCGACUUCGUUUUGGAAUAGAAAUAUAAUUAUGUUGAAUAGCACUA